GGGAUGGGGCAGGACACCAACAUGCGAAACACCCGCCAACAGCUGAUCAGGACUACUUCGGGGAGACCAGGGCGGGACACGCGGCUCCAGGCUCCCGUGACGACCACAGGGCUGCUCAAGUUUCUGUCGGACAUCCCCCAGGCUGAGCAGGGGAGGCUUGGGAGCGGUGAUGGUGUAAUUCAGGGCCAGCAGCCGAGGUCUCGGAGUGCUGGGCAGACGGCGAAGAAGGACCGGAGACCCAAGGCCCGGAACAAGAAAGGGCAUAGCCCUGCUGAGGCUGAAGAUCUCAUCCCUUCUGCUCCUCGGAAACCCUCCUUUCCCUUCCAGUGGGCCUGGGAGAGCUUCCUCACUGAUGGUCGGGCCCUGCUUCAGCCUGGCCGCCAAGCCCCGCCCUUGCCCCGAGCCGUCACCCAGCGCAAGGCCAGGCUCAAGUCCACAGCCACCCUCCCAGAUGCCCACGGCUUCUGCUGGAAGACAGAGGUGCCAAACCUGGAGAGGAGCCAGCAGCUCAGGGCCUGGGACGGCAUCCCUACCCCUUCUGGCAAAGGGGGGAGCCAAGAACUGGAGGGCCCCAGUGAGUGUGACCUCCAGCCACCUGGGAAGAGGUCAGGCUCAGGAUCAGAGUCUGAGGAGGGCGCUGAGCCGGAAGCCCUGGGUGCUGAGGAGGUCGAGAAGGGUAUGAGCCCUGGUGAACUGUCCCAGCUCCUCAAGAAGGGGUCGAUCUGGGAAGAGGAGCGGUUUGCAGGGGUGACAGAGGAAGCUGAGGAGGGGGAGCACAGGGCCCCCCAUAGAAGGAGGGCUGGUUCGCAGAGAAAGGGGCAGAACUCUGGCGAGGAGGCCUUGGAUGAGGGUGACCUACAGCGCAAGGCGAGCAGCUCCAACCUUCGAGGGCCGCAGACGAGGAAGUCAAGGGCCAAGGAGCUGGAGAAGCUGCAGAGGCAGUUACAACAAGAGUUGGACUGCGGCCCUGAAAAGCAGCCCUGGAAGGCUUUGCGGGCUGCUGUGCAGGCCUCCAACCGGAGUGGGAAGACCUAUGCCUUGGGAGAUGAAGAGACUUUCCAGUUUGUCAACUUUCCUAACCGUACCUUCCACAAACGACAGGAGGCCACCAGAAGCCUGUUGCAGGCCUGGGAGCGGCAGCAGCAGGAGGAGUUGCAGCGGGCCGAGCUGCAGAGGGCCCGGGAGCAGCGGGCACAGCAGCAGGUGGCCCGCUGCCUGGCGGCCUAUGCGCCCAGAGGGAGCCGGGGGCCGGGCGCCAUCCAGUGCAAGCUGGAGGAGCUGAGGCCACUUGGCCGCGCUUUACCCAUGAAGACACUGAGGCACUGGCGGCGGAGGAGCUGAGGCGAGGUCACCGGCUAAUGAGACCAAUCCCUGCAGCUGGCAAAAGUGCACGGUUAAAAUGUUCUGCCUGCAUUCCCACUCGUUCUAAUCUUUUCCGAUUUCAAAAGCCAGGGGUGCUUCUUACAAAAAAAAAAAAAAAAAAAACUCCGCCAUUACCGGAAUAGUUAACAUGGCACGUAAAGCGAGCCUGGGAUCUCACUCCUGGGGACAACCGUUCUUUGCCAUCAGGUGAAGAGUCAUCUGUUUCAUUCUCUCCCUGUAUUUUCACGCUUAAAAAGAAACGGGCAAAUGUGUAUUUAAAAGUUUUUUUAGACUCAUAACAGGACCAUGAAGUGGGCAUUAGCAUCAGAACGAUAAUUCGACAGAGGAGGAAUCUGAGCUCAGAGAGCUUAAGUAAUUGGCCAAAGGUCACAAGUGAGCUGCACGGACAGCCAGGAUUCCAACCUGGGCAGCCAUUGAGUCGCGCUGCUACGUGGUCCCGGAGUGCUCGGAUGCCCAGUCUGCAGAUAACGUGCGCCAGGAUGGUCCCCCCAAAGCCCUACCUAGUGAAACAGACAACACAAAGAAAUAUGGCCGCCAGGGCCGUUGACAUUGAGCACCUACUGGGGGCGCCUGGCAGCAGGGUAGAUCUUUCCACAACUCGUCUCCUUGCAUCCUGGGAGAAGGGCUAGGUCAAGCUUGAGCGGAGUGCUGCGGAGAGACCAGAAGGUCUCUGUCCUGCAGCGACCCGCCAAGGACUCAGUGGGGUUCUGAUCACCGACUCUUUGAGGCUCAGUCUUAUC